UCCAAGCCCAAAAAAACCUCAACAAAGCCCACGGAACGCGGCCGAACAGGACAGCCAGUCCGCCGCCCAUGUUGCGCACGGCGAUCCCCGCGGCGGCGCGGCGGCGCAUCUCCUUUGCCCCGGCAAGAUUCGCGCACGAGCUUGCGCAGGCGCAGGCGCAGGUCCAGUCGGCCGUCCCUGGACGGGACGGCCUUGAGCCGUCGUGGGUCCCGCUGUACAGGAGGAUCUCGAAGCUGUCCCAUGGCAGGCAGCCGGGAAUGGCGGCGGCGGAGAUGACCAAAUAUCUCCGCGAGAGGCGCCCGCUCUCGGAGUACCAGAUCGUCGCCUACAUCCGGAAGCUCCGCAAGUUCAAGCGUCACGCGUGCGCGCUCGAGUUGAUGGAUUGGAUGGAAGCUCGUGGAGCAAAGUUGACGCCUGGGCAUCAAGCGCUGCGGCUUGACCUUGUUUCAAAAGUUCACGGGAUACAGGCAGCUGAAGAAUAUUUCUGGAGCCUUCCAGAUAUAUUGAAGUCAAGGAAAGCUUAUUCAAGUUUGCUUAACUGCUAUGGUGAACACGGGAUGGCAUUUAAAGGUCUGAAAUUCUAUGAGAAGAUGAAAGCCAAGAACAUUGUUCCAAAUACACUGGUGUACAACAGCCUGAUGGUUUUGUACAAAAAGGCGGGCCAGCCAGAGAAAAUCCCCUCCACAUUUGAAGAAAUGCGAGAAAGCGGUAUAACUGCUAACAGUUUUACAUACUUCUCAUUGGUAGAAAGCUAUGUUACAAUGAAUGACCUGGAGGCUGCGGAGAAAGUCCUGGAAGAAUUGCAGAAGGUGGCUCCAGUUCACUGGUCCCUAUAUACUCUAAUGGCAAACAGUUACAUUAAACUAGAGCUGUGUGGAAAGGCAGAAGUUGCCCUAAAGAAAGCCGAGGAAGUUAUGAACAAAGAUGAAUUAUCCUCAUGGUAUUUCCUCCUCUCCAUCUAUGCCCGCUGUGGAAAUGCAACCGAGGUUAAGAGGAUCUGGGAGUCUUUGAAGUCCACAUUCAAGAAAUGUUUGAACAGAAGCUAUCUUGUGAUGCUUCAAGCUCUGAGUACUAAUGAUGACUUUGAGUCUUUACAGCAAAUCUUUCAGGAGUGGGAAUCGAGUCAUGAACAAUAUGACAUGAGGAUAACAAAUGUUAUGAUCAAAGCUUACCUUGAUAAGGGUAUGAUAGACGAAGCUGAGGCUAUCCGUCAGAGGGCCAUGGCUAAGGGUCGUUGUGAUGACAGGACGAUUUACAUAUUUGCCGAAUUCUAUUUGGAAAAAUCUAAUGUUACCGGGGCACUGGAGAUCUUGAGAGAUGCAAAGAAGAUGGUGACGGCACACAAAUGGGUGCCAUCCAAAAAGCUUACAAGCAGAUUUCUGAAGCACUAUGAAGAGUCAAAGGAUGUUGACCGUGUGGAGUCUUUCUGUGAGUGCCUGAGGAAGCUCGAAUGCCUUGAUGCAGAAGCUUAUGAGGGCAUGAUGCGGACCUAUAUAGCUGCAGGUAAAACCAACCCAUCCAUUGCUCAGCGCAUCGAAGAUGAUGGGAUUCACGUUGGACCUGAGACUACGAAAUUGCUGGAGCGUGUCUCCGGCAAUUGAAACUGAGAAGGAAAGAAACUUUGUAAGAACUCGAGGCCGCCGUAGAAUUUUUCUUCAUUAUAGAUCAGAAUUAUGACUUGUCGAAGAUGUCGUUAUCUCGUGAAAAGCUUGCUUUUACCGGAUUUCUGUACAUGAAUCGCAAGGUCUUUUGGCAUUUUGCAUUUGAUGCUCUGCUAGCCCCCCGACUAAUGUGUAGCAUCUACCUGAGCUGCUAAUACGAUGGAGAUAUUUCUAAAAUACAAUUAUUUUCAUGUUA